AUGUCUUCUGCAAUUCAGCUGCUGAAUCCAAAGGCUGAGUCUCUUAGACGUGCCCAGGCCUUGCAGGUCAACAUUUCGGCUGCUCAAGGGUUGCAAUCAGUACUAGCAUCCAACCUUGGUCCAAAGGGAACCUUGAAAAUGCUGGUUGAUGGUAGUGGGAACAUAAAGAUAACCAAAGAUGGCAAAGUGUUACUGACGGAAAUGCAGAUCCAGAGUCCUACAGCGAUCAUGAUUGCACGUGCUGCGACUGCCCAAGACGAAAUCACGGGAGAUGGUACCACCACCGUGUGUUUGCUGGUUGGUGAACUGCUUAAACAGGCUGAAAGGUUCAUCUCUGAAGGUGUUCAUCCAAGAGUGAUCACUGAUGGAUUCGAAGUUGCACGUGAAGAGAGUUUGAAGUUCUUAAACUCGUUUGUUCAGAAACCUACUAUUGACAGAGAACUACUGUUACAGGUUGCAAGAUCAUCUUUAUCCACCAAGGUUAGUGCUGAGUUGACUGAAGUGUUGACCCCGAUCGUUACUGAUGCGGUGUUAUCCGUUCAGGAUGGUGAACAGCUUGAUUUGCAUAUGGUUGAGAUCAUGUCUAUGUUGCACCAAAGUGCCAACGAUACCGAGUUCGUGAGAGGUUUGGUCCUGGAUCAUGGUGCCAGGCACCCCGAUAUGCCUAAGCGUGUGGAAAACGCCAACGUUUUGAUUUUGAACGUUUCUUUGGAGUACGAAAAGACAGAGGUUAAUUCGGGAUUCUACUACUCCAGUGCCGACCAGCGUGAAAAGCUAGUUGCUUCUGAGAGGAAGUUUGUGGACGCGAAAUUGAAGAAGAUUGUGGACCUGAAGAACGAAGUGUGCGGAAUGGAUCCUUCCAAGGGAUUUGUUAUAAUAAACCAGAAAGGUAUUGAUCCUAUGUCGUUGGAUAUUCUGGCCAAGAACAACAUUUUGGCAUUGAGAAGAGCAAAGAGACGCAACAUGGAGAGAUUGCAGUUGGUCUGUGGUGGUGAAGCCCAGAACUCUGUUGAUGAUUUGACCCCAAGUGUCCUUGGACAUUCGGGACUCAUCUACGAACACACCAUUGGCGAAGAGAAAUUCACCUUCGUUACGGAUAAUGAGAACCCCAAGUCUAGUACCAUUCUCCUCAAGGGUGCCACCAGUUUCGUCGUCAACCAAACCAAGGAUGCUGUUAGAGACGGUCUGAGGGCUGUUGCCAACGUCAUAAGGGAUAACUCCGUAAUACCCGGUGCUGGUGCAUUCUUCCUCAGUGCCAACGAACAUUUGUUGCACAGCAAGUCUGCGAAAGGAAGAAACAAGUCUGGUAUCACUGCUUUUGCAGAGUCUCUGCUGAUCGUUCCAAAGACCCUAGCCUCAAACGCUGGAUUUGACGCUUUAGACACCGUUUUUGCGUGUCAGGACGAGAUGUCCGAGGACCGCGUGGUUGGAGUCGACCUUUCGUCUGGUGAACCAAUGGAUCCUACCGUUGAAGGUGUCUGGGACUCGUUCAGGGUGAUCCGGAACGCCAUUGCCGCUGCUACCGGUAUUGCGGCCAACUUGUUGUUAUGCGAUGAGCUGCUGAAGGCUGGAAGAUCAUCUUUGAAGAGUGAAGGCCCCCCACAAUAG